CUCCACAGAAGAAGCGAGCAGAAACUGUCAUGGUGGUCUCCUAAACAGAUCGAGAGAUGUUUGUCCUUUCUGUCAGUCGCCUGUUAGUACAGGCACUCCCCAAGCAACCAGUCCUUCCUAGAGCCUCAGCACAAUGCGUCAGAAGUUUGACAACAUCUCAACAAGAUCCUGCCAGUAAAGAUGACAUGCCCAUUAAAAUGGAAAACCCAUACAAGCAACCUGCAAAGACGUGCAUCUUGUGUAAUGUAACUGUGGACUUCAAAAACGUUCAGCUCUUGUCUCAGUUCAUUUCUCCACACUCUGGCAGAAUAUACGGCAGGCACAUAACAGGCUUGUGUGGUCGAAAGCAGAAGGAGGUAACGAAGGCAAUAAAGAAAUCUCGAUCAAUGGGUUUCAUGUCAGUCACCCUGAAGGACCCGCUGUUUAUUAAAGACCCUGAAAUUUGUGGUAUUAAACACGUUGAGUAGGUUCUGGAUGAAGAUUAUUCCUGUACAAGCUGUUUUUGUGUUUCUGUAACUGAUUUAUAUUAAAGUGUGAAACAAU